CCGCCCCCUCUCAGUCACUUCCAAGAUGGCGGACCUACUGGGCUCCAUCCUGAGCUCCAUGGAGAAGCCGCCCAGCCUCGGUGACCAGGAGACUCGGCGCAAGGCCCGAGAGCAAGCUGCCCGCCUGAAGAAACUGCAAGAGCAAGAGAAACAACAGAAAGUGGAGUUUCGGAAAAGGAUGGAGAAAGAGGUGUCAGAUUUCAUCCAAGACAGUGGGCAGAUCAAGAAAAAGUUUCAGCCGAUGAACAAGAUAGAGAGGAGCAUACUACACGACGUGGUGGAAGUGGCUGGCCUGACAUCCUUCUCCUUCGGGGAAGAUGAUGAGUGUCGCUAUGUCAUGAUCUUCAAAAAGGAGUUUGCACCCUCAGAUGAAGAGCUGGACUCCUACCGUCGUGGAGAGGAGUGGGACCCCCAGAAGGCUGAGGAGAAACGGAAGCUAAAGGAGCUGGCCCAGCGGCAGGAGGAGGAGGCAGCCCAGCAGGGCCCCGUGGUGGUGAGCCCCGCCAGUGACUACAAGGACAAGUACAGCCACCUCAUUGGCAAGGGAGCAGCCAAGGAUGCAGCCCACAUGCUACAGGCCAACAAGACCUACGGCUGUGUGCCUGUGGCCAACAAGAGGGACACACGUUCCAUCGAAGAGGCCAUGAAUGAAAUCCGAGCCAAGAAGCGUCUGCGGCAGAGCGGGGAAGAGUUGCCGCCUACUUCCUAGGCACCCCACCCAGCUCCCUUUGACCCCUGGGGCAGGGCAGGGGCAGGAGGGACAAGGCUGCUGCUAUUAAAACCCAUCCUGGAGCCCCACCUCUGAAGCACCUCCUACCAACUGUCACUCAGGCUGGGGGGAUGCAGGUGUUUGAUGUCACUGUUGGAACUUGGAUAUGUUUGUGGUGUGUGUGUUUGUGUGAAAGAGAGUGUGAAUGCACAGGUGGGUAUUUAAUCUGUAUUAUUCGCUGAUCUCCUUGGAGUUUUCUUCCCCAUGGGGCUGGGGUUACUUUACAUUCAAUAAACACUGUUUGACCCAAA